UUGGUCAGGCUGGUCUCAAACUCCUGACCUCAGGUGAUCCACCAUCCUCAGCCUCCCAAAGUGCUGAGGUUACAGGCGUGAGCCACUGCACCUGGCGCCUUUUCCAGAUUUGAAGUUGCGGGGAGAGCUGAGGAUACUCACAGGGCAAGGACUUGAGGCAGAGAGACGAAGACUCGGGUCUGCUAAAGCAAGGUCAUUCCCUCUGGAUUGUAGUUCUUCAGAUGGAUAGAAUGAGGUCAAAGAUAGAGCUGUCACCCAAGUAGGAGGAAAAAAAUGCUCUCAAGGAUUGCCAGACUCUAAAAGUUUCAGAGUUGAAAAGGGCAUUUCAAGUUAUAAGCAGCCAGCCAAGAGCUAGGCACAGGGUGUCUCAGUUCUUGGCAUUGCUGGGACAGCAUCUAUACUUAGGGAAAAUCCACAUGGAAGGACCCCUUCUUCUCUCUCCAGGAAAACACUCAGCUCAAUGACAGCUGGGUCCAGAGCAGGGGCCUAGCAAGUCCUUGUCUGGGCAUCUGGUGCUGGAGUCAAAGGAGGUCCUGAACCAGCCUUGGGAUUCCAGCAGUGACUUUACCCCAUGUUCAGGAGGGGAAUCUACAGGUCUCCCUCAAAGACCCUCAGGACCCUCUGUGGGCAGCCCCUCCACCAUCUCCUCGCUGCUGUUCAAAUUCUCACUUUUAUUUGUGUGCCACUUUUAAUUUGUCAAAGCACUGUCACAUCUACUAGCUCACCUGAUUUGUGCCACCACAUCUUCAGAGGAUACAGAAAGGUGGUAUUAGGACAUCUGACAGCCAAGGAAGCAGAGACUCAAAUGGUUAAUGUCAAGCCCAGGACCACAGAGCUACUAACAGAGACUACACCUACGCCUCUGACUUCACAUCACACUCUGCCACACUCCCUCUCCUGUGUGAGGGCUCCCCCAGGAAAAGAGGAAAGACAGGAGCUAUUCUAGGCAAAGUAACCUUAAAUCUGAAAGCAGAAGAUGAAUUGCAAGGAAGUGCAGCUCCAGGACGUGUUCCCCUAUCUUCCCAUCAGACCUCAGCCAGCAGCCAUGGACACAGGCCUCUCUUUCCUCUGCACUGCUUCCCCACCCUGGUUCCCGCUCUGGGGUAGGUCCCUCCCAGACCAUUAUGGCUGGGACGUGCAGCAUCUUUUUUCUCUGCUUCUCCAGUAACAGCUGGUUCUGCUCAACUCCCAAAGAUGAUUUUCAAGAACCCCAACACUACUAUCUGCCUGGGCUGCCAGAAAGAGAAAGGGCACCCUCAGAGACACUGAAGACCACCCUCCAGAAGAUGCCAGCACUUUCUAUCAUGUGACUAGCUCUGGGUGCUCCUUGUCUAGUGAAAGGGGCUGGCUCAAAUGGCACAGAUAUUGAAGAUCUUCCUGAAGAAGACAGGAAGAGAUGCUCAGGUCAGGGAGGGAAUGAGACCCCUGGGUAAGGGAUUCCUCCCAGCUGAGGAGUUGAUUAGAAGCAAUCUUGGAGUUGGCAGGAGCCUUAGAGACUGCCUGAGCCAGUCCAGGAAGCUGGCUGAGGAGCUUGGGAGCAAGAGACUAAAACCAGCCAAGUCUGGGACAGAAGGGAAGGAAAGGGUUGAGCAGCGAACAGAAAGACAAAGAACAGGCAGUUCCAAAGAGCCAAGAAUGCAAAUCAUUUGCAGACACCGGCAAGAGCCUCCACCAAGGCUGCUGUGGGGGUGCCUGACGCCACGAGCACAGCCACUUCUACACAUCACGGCGUAUGAGAAUACAGGCCACUGGGAGAGACUCACAUCUGUGGUUUCUUCAAAAACACAGCAGCCCACAGUGAUCUCUCAUUCUUCCAUUUCUAUCACAUUUAGUCAUUACCCUCCAGCCACACUGGACUCCUUUCUUGUCCUGGAACCUAUCAAACUCUUUCCUGUCUCAAGCCUCCACAGUCCUCUCUGCUUGAACUGUGGCUCCUGCAGAGAAAGCAUCAGAAUCUCUGGGGAACUGAUUGGAAAUGCACAUUCUCCAGCCCCGCCCAGAACUCCUGAAUCAGAAACCCUGGAGUGGGCCAAGCAAGCCAUGCUUUCUGGGGCACAGGUGAUUCUGAUGUGUGCUGAAGUUUUAAGAACCACUGGCCGAGAACAUUCUUAGGUCUGCUCUUCUUUUGCCCGGCCCCUCCCUCGUGGAGGAAUUCCUUCUUAUUCCUCUCUGAAGAGUGGCUGCUGCCAAAAAACAUUUGUGAGAUGGCCUGGGUUUUCUUUGUUGAUUUAUCAUUUAGUUUGGAAGAAAUCAGAAGUCUCUUUAAGAAGCCAGUUUGAAACAUCCCCCCCCCCCCCGCCAUGGGAACAGUUCUGGAUGAAGUCAGAAGAUCUGGAGGUAGCGCAGUAACACACGUAGGUUUUCUGGCCAUAUGGACAUUUCAGAGAAAACAACGCACAGAGGCCUGGAGCUGGUGAACUGGCUUAAGUAGAGAGAAACUAAGUCAUUUAGGGAUAUUUAGCACCUAAUGUCAAGGCAGAAAUGUCAAAGAUGUAAUUAACAGUUAUAUUCUAAUCUCAAUAGUAGCUAAGUACAGACUUAAACAUAAGCCUGUAUAUAACAAAAUAACCCCAGGAGAACCAAAGAAAAUCUAGAAAGUUGCUGCUAAAAACAGUUAUGUUAAUGAUACCUACGAAAGUUUUUUUUUUUCCUUUUAACAUGUCAUUGUGGUUUACAAAUGAAAAUUGAGGCCAGGUGUGGUGGCUCACGCCUGUCAUCCCAGCACUUUUGGAGGCCAAGGUGGGCAAAUCACAAGGUCAGGAGUUCAAGACCAGUCUGGCCAACAUGGUGAAACCCCAUCUCUAAUAAAAAUACAAAAAAUUAGCUGGGCGUGGUGGUGGGCGCCUGUAAUCUCAGCUACUAGGGAGGCUGAGGAAGGAGAAUCACUUGAACCUGGGAGGUGGAGGUUGCAGUGAGCCAAGAUCAUGCCACUGCACUCCAGCCUGGGCGACAGUGGGAGACUCCAUCUCAAAACAAACAAACAAACAAAUGAAACAAAUGAAAAUUGAAACUUCACCCAUUUAUGGCUAUUGCCUAAAGAAUUUGUAAAUGCAUGGGUCAUUGCAAGCAUGUUGCUGACAUGUCUCGGUCUGCGUUACCCUGGUGGACAUCACCACAUUCACCUGACAGGCAGCAGCUUCCUUCCAGUAAAAGCAAAGAAUCUGAAAGGAAUGGAAAAAGCUCCACACAAUGCCAUUUUAUAGAAGGAAAUGCAACAAGGUCACAGACCAGGAGGACAGCAGCCCAGGCCAGCUGGGCAUGGAGGAAGGCCCAGGAUGCUGCUGGGCAUGAACAGACCUCCUCAUACAGUGUGCCUCUGAAGAAAUAAUGCAAUUGUGUGGGGCCAGAGGAGCCACAAAUAGAACAAAGGGAGGAAAGGAAAAAUCAAUAUGCAGUAAAGAGGAGGAAGGGAGCCCGGCGCGAUGUCUGAAUCUUGCUGGCAAGAAAAGGAAACAGGUGGUCUAAGCAGGCAACCCUUCACCCCACAUUGUAAUGCUGGGGCAUGGACAUGUUCCAUAGAUCACUCACUGAGAAGUCUUCGCAAAAACACUCCAAGGCAGACACUACUAUCCGUCUUCCACACAUUGGGGGAUUGAGAGUCAGAAGGAUUAUACAGCUUGUUCAAAUUAUAAAUAAAAGCACUGAGAUUUG